CUCCCAUUGGCUGAAAGUUACUGUGGGAAAGAAAGUUUGGGAAGUUUCACACGAGCCGUUCGCGUGCAGUCCCAGAUAUAUAUAGAGGCCGCCAGGGCCUGCGGAUCACACAGGAUCUGGAGCUGGUGCUGAUAAGAGCGAAAUCCCCCGUCUACCUCUCUCCUUGGUCCUGGAAUAGCGCUACCGAUCACUAAGUAGCCCUAAGACGUAAUAAACCCUCCGCUGCUCAGUAGUUUUUCUUAUGAAAGUCAAGUAAAAGGGACAUAAGAAAAAAAAAAUUUUUUUUUACGUGAAGGAUUCCAAAAAUAAAAUUCUUUGGGGAUUGAGAAGAAAGAAAAAAAAAGGAAAGAAAAUGCCAGCUGAUAUAAUGGAGAAAAAUUCCUCGUCCCCGGUGGCUGCUACCCCAGCCAGUGUCAACACGACACCGGACAAACCAAAGACCGCCUCAGAGCACAGAAAGUCAUCAAAGCCUAUCAUGGAGAAGAGGCGAAGAGCAAGAAUAAAUGAAAGUCUGAGCCAGCUGAAAACACUGAUUUUGGAUGCACUUAAGAAAGAUAGCUCCCGGCAUUCCAAGCUGGAGAAGGCAGACAUUCUGGAAAUGACAGUGAAGCACCUCCGGAACCUGCAGCGGGCGCAGAUGACCGCCGCGCUCAGCACAGACCCGAGCGUCUUGGGGAAGUACCGCGCCGGCUUCAGCGAGUGCAUGAACGAGGUGACCCGCUUCCUGUCCACGUGUGAGGGCGUUAACACCGAGGUGCGCACUCGGCUGCUGGGCCACCUGGCCAACUGCAUGACCCAGAUCAACGCCAUGACCUACCCCGGGCAGCCGCACCCCGCCUUGCAGGCGCCGCCCCCGCCCCCGUCAGGACCCGGCGGCCCCCAGCACGCGCCGUUCGCGCCGCCGCCACCGCUUGUGCCCAUCCCCGGGGGCGCGGCGCCCCCUCCCGGCAGCGCACCCUGCAAGUUGGGCAGCCAGGCUGGAGAGGCUGCCAAGGUUUUUGGCGGCUUCCAGGUGGUGCCGGCUCCCGAUGGCCAGUUUGCCUUCCUCAUCCCCAACGGGGCCUUUGCCCACAGCGGCCCUGUCAUCCCGGUCUACACCAGCAACAGCGGGACCUCUGUCGGUCCUAACGCAGUGUCUCCGUCCAGCGGUUCCUCGCUCACUGCGGACUCCAUGUGGAGGCCGUGGCGGAACUGAGGGGCUCAGGCCACUGUUCCCCCUAAACUCCCUAGCCCAUCUCUCUUCCGACGGACACUAAAAAUGAACUUGGACAUUAGGAGAGAAGACUUUUAUAAUUUGGUGGUUACUUUGUUGCUUUUUUUUAAUUUCUAAAAAGUUACUUUUUUGUAGAGAGCUGUAUUAAGUGACUGACCAUGCACUGCAUUUGUAUAUAUUUUAUAUGUUCAUAUUGGAUUGCGCCUUUGUAUUAUAAAAGUUGAGAUGACAUUUCGUUUUUUACACGAGAUUUCUUUUUUAUGUGAUGCCAAAGAUGUUUGAAAAUGCUCUUAAAAUAUCUUCCUUUGGGGAAGUUUAUUUGAGAAAGUAUAAUAAAAGAGUGAAGGCUUUUA